GCAACCGCCCAUGCACGAUCACUGUGGCCUGCAGGAGGUACGUUGAGCUGAGCAAUGGGUCCCACAUCCUCGACGACAGCCUCUGCGUACCUUCCAAGCUCGCUAUGAGCUGCAGCAUCGCACAAGACCGCAAGACCACUCGGCCAAAGUAGCGCAACUCGCCAGCGUCGCGACGAACAACUUUUCGACGAACAUCUGCUCGACCUUUCAGCCAGAUGGAGGGCCCAGUAGCGUCCACGUCAGCGCUCAUCAAUGGCGAUAGCAACAAGUCAGCCCCAAAGAUGAUCCCCGUCCGACUCAGAACGACGACGAGCCAGUACAAGAUCCCCGAGUCACAAUAUCUCGUACCGGCGGAUUGGCGACGGUAUCAGCUCUCAGAACUCAUCAACAAGGUCGUCGGCACAGACGCGCCCGUGCCCUUUGACUUUAUCAUCUCUGAUGAGCUCCUCAGAACGAGCUUGGAGCUCUACCAGCAAGGCAAGGGCUUGACAGAGGAAAGCGUGCUCGAUAUCGAAUAUGUCGAAUCAACUUUGCCGCCUCAACGUCUUUCUGCUUUCCAAGUCGACGACUGGAUAUCAGACAUUGACUCGAGCAGACCAGGGUACUUCCUUGCAUCGUCCUACUCUUCACAAGUGCACGUCUACUCGUCAAGUGCCGAAAAGCUCGUUACGCUCUCCGGCAUGACUCAGAGCGCUCUGUCAACUUGCUGGCUUAGCAAUACUACCGGUAAUAGAUACGACUAUAUUGCUGCCGGCGGCAUGGAUCGCAUUGGCAGAGUCUGGCGACUCGAUCGCUCCAACAUAGCGACGACCGCGCGCGACGCGUUUUUGCUGCCUCUGCACACUGCGCCUAUCUCGUCUGUCAGAUCAGCAGGACCGAGUGCAAACGGUGAUAGAAGGCUUCUGACAGCGGGUUGGGACGGUCUCGUUGCUCUCUGGACAUUGAGAGACGGCCAGAAGGAAGACGAUGCAGAAGCAAUAGACACAGACCCCGAUAAUCUUGCUCGCAAGAAGCGUCGCAAGCAGAACGGCACGAGCAGUGCACCAAUACGCAAGGCACCGACGCAUGUGUUUCAUUCCCACAAGGGCGCUGUCACGCGAGCUAUCUUCGAUCGACAAGACAACAAUGUCGCUUACAGUGCUGGCUGGGAUCAUACCGUGAAGACAUGGGAUCUUGAGACAGGCAGCGAGGCCUCGUCAAGGAGCUCGGACAAGGUCAUAACCGAUCUGGACCAGAUGGCAAGCAAGAAUUUGCUCGUUACAGGCAGUACAGAUCGACUAGUAUGCUUCUGGGACUCGCGCGAAGCACUGUCGACGAUCUCAUUGACGCUAUCGGGUCACAAGUCACAAGUCUCAUCUGUUCGUGCUCACCCCAUCUCGCCUCUGCUUGUCGUGAGCGCCUCGUUCGACUCGACCAUGCGGAUAUGGGACGCGCGAUCACCUAAGCAAGCACUCUUUACAAUACAACGCGAGGCGAAACCUGCCUCGGCGGACAGCAAACCUGUGCCUGGAAUAGGUGACAAGAUUCUCAGCGCAGCAUGGGAUGGCCAGAUCAUUGCGAGCGGUGGAGAGGACAAGCAGAUACAGUUGCAUCGUACAAAUGUCAACACUUAGCAAUGCAAGUCUACAUGUCGCUCGCACCAUCCGAGUCCCAAUCAAGGCUCUCCAUAGCGGCUUCUGUCUCUGCGUGAAGCUUGUCUAGACCUGUCAUCCUUUCCAAAGCUUUGCCGUCUGCGCAAACGUCGAGCACCAUCUCGAAGCCACGUUUGAGAUAUUCAUUGACAAUCGUCUGGCUGCAGCCUGUGCACUUGUCAUAUGCUUGUCCGGUGAUCUUGAGCGUCUCAAACCGGCCCAGCAUGCCGCGGAGCUGAUGUGGCACCAGGCCAAGGACAGACUGUGUAUCUUGUUGUGCUUCCUGCCC